GCCGGGGGAGGGCGCUGGGCAGGAAGGGGAGGGGGAGCGCGCCCGAGAAAUGCAGAGGCUGCAGCGGCGGCGGCGGCAGUAGCGGCAGCGCUCCAACCCGCUCCCUCGCUCCGGGCUGCGCCGUCGAGCCGGGGACCGAGCCUCCGCCUGCGGCCAGCAGCCGGCCCGACCACUGCAGCCACCGGGGCCCGCGCGCGGCUCCGCGAUCACCCAGGGGCGGCACAGGCACCCCACAGCCGAACUCCGAGAUGGGCGGCAAGCUGAGCAAGAAGAAGAAGGGCUACAACGUGAACGAUGAGAAGGCCAAGGACAAGGACAAGAAGGCCGAGGGCGCCGGCGCCGAGGAGGAGGGGACCCCCAAGGAGAACGCGGCGCCCGCCGCCGCCGCCGCCGCCACGGGCGAGGUGAAGGAGGGCGCCAAGGCGGAGCCCGCCGAGCCCGCCCCCGCCGAGGAGCCCGCGGCCGCCGACAAGGGCCCCGCGCCCGCCGCGCCCCAGGAGCCCGCGGCCGCCGCGCCCAAGGCCGAGCCCGAGCCGGCCGAGCCCCCGGCCGAGCCCGCGGCCCCGGCGGCGGCGGCGGCGGCAGGGGCGGGGGGCACGGAGGCCGCCCCCCAGCCCGACGAGCAGGGCCCCGACGCCAAGACUGAGGCGCCCCCCGCGCCCGCCAGCGCGGCCGAGACCCAAAGCGACGCGGCACCCGCCGCCUCGGACUCGAAAGCCGGCGGCGAGCCCGCCCCCGCCUCCAAGGAGCCCCCUUCGGAAGCCCCCAGUUCCACGCCCAAGGCCCAGGCCCCCGCAGCCCCCGCAGACGACGCCGCCGCCGCCGCCGCUGCCGAGGAGCAGAAGACCCCCGACGCCCCCGCCGCCAGCUCCGAGCAGAGCGUGGCCGUGAAGGAGUAACAAGGACAGCUCUGGCGGGGGGACCAGCAGAGGAAGAGGAACCCAGCUUCAAACCCAGCCCCUCUCCCCCCCUCUCCCCUCCCCUCUCUACCCCUCCUCCCCCCCUUCUCCUCCCCCCCUGCGCUCUCUCUUUCUCUCUCUCUCUGUCUCACGCCCCUCUCUCUGUCUGUCUCUCUCGCUUAUACUAACUUGUUUCACAUUGGAAGUGAUGAUAUGUAUUGCCCAAGAACAAGACAAAACGACCACCAACACACACACACACACACGCACACACACGCACACACACAUACACACACACACUCACACUCACACCAAGAGAAGGAGGUUGGCCCAUCAUGGGAGGGAGGGGGUGGGGAGAAUCCAAAUAGUAUUUUUGUGGGGAAAUAUCUAAUAUACCUUCAGUCACCUGGACCAGUCCGUCCGUCCCGAAUUGGAAGCUCCGAGUCUGAGAGUCCGGCCCACCUCUGGUCCCCCCCCCGAACUGCCGAAACCAUCACCGCACCCCGCCCGCCGAGGUCCGAGUUCUCUUCACCCAGGACGGACGGGGCAGUGGGGGGGGGGGGGGUGACAGUGGGAGAUGCUGCCCCGCAAGGCGCGUGCCAAGGCAAUCAGACCUUUCCCGAAAGCAGUAUUUUUCGGUGUUUUCCUUUUUUAAUUUACAGCUUUUCUUCUUUUGAUAUUUUUUUAAUGUCGUGGAUGAAUGCCAACUUUCAGAAAACCCACUUAGCUUGUCUACACGUAUCUCUAGGCCAAUACUUCAUUCUUCCCCACCCCAGGUCUUCUUGGGAGUAACAAACAUUCUCUCAUCCUACUUAGCCUCCCUAGAUUCCUCAUGACGAGUUAAUGCAUGUCCGUGGUUGGGUGCACCUGUAGUUCUGUUUAUUGGUCAGUGGAAAUGAAAAAAAAAAAAAAAGUCUGCGUGCAUUGCAGUUCCAGUUUCUCUUCUUCCAUUCUGUGUAACAGACACCAACACACCACUCAUUGGAAAAUGGGAAAAAAUUUAAAAAGAAAAAAAAAACACAAAAAAAGUACAAUGGAUGCAUUGAAAUUAUAUGUAAUUGUAUAAAUGGUGCAACAGUAAUAAAGUUAAACAAUUAAAAAGAAAUAGCAAA